AUGGACAAGUGUGUAAGGGCCGACAUUAUAAAUCCAAAACUUGAUGUCCCUCUCAUCAUUAAAAAAAUUCAAUCCCAAAGGACGUCUCAAACAAGAGCGAAGACUCAGAAAGAAUACUUCCCAUACAUAGAAAAUUAUGCAAGUAGUCAAAUACCCACAAAUAAGUCUUUUUCAAUAGCUGACGGAAGUUUGAAAUUUAAAGGACAAUGAAAAAAUGUUUAUGAAAACCAUGCUCACGAUAGCACACUUAAGCAUAGUGAUGGGAAGUUCACUAUUAGAGGGAUGCUGAGCUCAGAAAGAAAGGAUUUGCAAAGCAUGCAAUGUAGCUUUAGAAGCAUUAAAUCAAAGCCAAGCCAAGACUCAGUCAAAAGAAUGAAAUCAUUUGACUCCUCUUGAGCAAAAAUAAUACAGAAAACAAAUUUAAUUUUAAGCGAAGACAAGCCAAAAAUGCAGAAAAUCGAAAGGAGCUCGAAAAGAAGGUUUUUCUCUUAUAAGAUGAUUAAGAGAAGUCCGUCACCGUUUGCAGCAAUUGAUCAAAAGCUAGACCCACCUUCAGUUGUAUCAACAUCGUCAAAAUUCCACUCUAAAUAUCCAGAACUAGCUCCUAAACCAAACAAGUCAGCAGAAACUUCGACUUUCGAAAAGUAUUCAGAUAUAGAUAAGCCAAUUAUAUCAAUAGAAACCAAAUUUAUUCCGAAGAAGACAAUUGAUGUAAAAAUGAGCACCGAAUUUCUUUAA